UUUUUUUUUUCUUUUUUUUUCUCUAUUUUCCCUUCUUUUUCUCCCUCUCUUUAAAAAAAAAGAUGUCACUUACAGCUGAUCAAAAGUACGAACUUAUCACCCGUAACCUUCAAGAGGUACUUGGUGGUGAUGAAAUUAAAAAGGUACUUGCUGAACGUGACCUCAAGAUGUAUUGGGGAACAGCCCCCACUGGUCGUCCUCACAUUGGUUACUUUGUACCCAUGGCCAAAAUUGCCGAUUUCCUUUCUGCGGGUGUAGAGAUGAGUGUCUUGUUGGCUGAUAUUCACGCCUUUUUGGAUAAUAUGAAGGCACCACUUGAACUUGUACAACAUCGUGUCAGAUAUUACGAAGCCAUGAUUAAGACAGUAUUGAGUUCAUUAGGUGUACCUAUUGAAAAGCUCAAGUUUGUGAUUGGUUCAUCUUAUGAAUUAUCUAAAGAAUACAGUAUGGACAAUUUCAGAUUAUGUGCACUCUUAACCGAACACGAUGCCAAACGAGCUGGUGCUGAGGUAGUUAAGCAAGUGUCUUCACCUCUCUUGUCUGGUUUAUUAUACCCUGGUAUGCAAGCAUUGGAUGAAGAAUACUUGAAGGUAGAUGCACAAUUUGGUGGUGUUGAUCAACGCAAGAUUUUCAUUUUGGCAGAGAAAUACAUGCCUUUAUUGGGUUAUAAGAAACGCUCACAUUUAAUGAACCCCAUGGUACCUGGUUUAGCUGGAUCCAAGAUGUCUGCUUCUGAUCCUGAUUCUAAAAUUGAUUUCUUGGAUAGUGCUAAAGAUGUCUCUAAAAAGAUUAAGAAGGCCUUUUGUGAGGAAGGUAAUAUUGAAGAGAAUGGUAUUCUUUCAUUUGUCAAGUCUGUUUAUUUCCCUCUCAAGACAAUGAAUGGUCAAAAGGCUACUUUCACUUGUAUUCGUCCUGAACAAUAUGGUGGUAAUAUGGUUUAUGAUAACUUUGAGGCUCUUGAGAAAGAUUUUGCUGAUAAGGUAGUUCAUCCUGGUGAUUUAAAGGCAGGUGUGAUUGCCGCCAUUAAUGAAUUAUUGGAACCUGUGCGUAAGGCAUUUGAGACCCCCGAGAUGAAGGCCUUGACAGAGUUGGCUUAUCCCUCUCCUAAGCCUGCUGAAAAGGUGAACCCCAAGAAGGAUAAAAAGGAAAAGAAGAAGGCUGAGAGAGCUGCUGCUUUAGCUGCUAAGGCUGCUGCUGCUGCUACUGAAGGUGGUGCUGCUACUGCUACUGCUGCUGAAGGUGGUGAGGAGGUUUCCCCCACCGAUACGACUGAGGAAAAGAAGGCAGAGUAAAAAUACUUGGUUUUUUUUUGUGUAUAAUAAUAAAUUGUUUUUUUAAGAAAAGGAAAAAAGGGUAUUGUUACACGCAUGAGCACUUACCAUGAAUCGGGGGUUCAUUCAUGAAAGGACACUUAUAUACUAUGUCUACUGUUCGAAAGGGGGGGGUGGGAGGAAGGAGUAAUAAUAAACAAAGG